UUUUCAGAUGUGGAAUAAAUCUUUAAUUUAUGGAAUAGCUACGGCUAUAUGCUUCUGCGGGAUUGUAAUGUGUGUAAACGCCUCAAACUUUCGUUGCAAGCUGAAACGUUACUCCCACAAAGCUAUGCAGACCGACUUGAAUGGAAGACGAUGCUGGGACGAAGUGAAGAUUGGUUCGUGCUGGGGCUACUGCUUGUCCUACGAGAUCUCACAUUGGCAGUUCCCAUACAAAGAAUCUCACCAUCCGGUCUGCGUGCAUGGAGAACGUCGUCCUGCCUCUGUAAAACUGCAGAACUGUGAUCCUGGAGUACAGCCUGGUACUGAUAUCUAUCACUUCGUGGAAGCUGUAAACUGCAAAUGUCAGGUGUGCUCGUCUGAAGACACAAGUUGCGAGUGGUUACCUCCUGAUUCUUCUCUGUUGGAUGGUCUCAUCCUAAGAGAGGAAUUGGCUGAAGAACUGGAAUAAAGAAAACUGAAAAAAAAAAUGC